CGGCGGAAGGUCAGCGCUCAAGCGGAAGUGAGAGUCAGAGCCCAUCCGCCAUUGUGGAGCAGAGCAGGGGUAAUAUUCUCUCCAGACGUUACACAGAGUGUUAAUGUUUCGGACUACCUUAAACACAUCACACAGCAGCCAGCCUCCCCCAGCCGUUUGACGUUCACUGUCAGUACCGCUCGAGAGGACCGCUGCCGACCGUUUGGAACUGCGCGAGGAGAUCAACGCCUGAGAAAUACGCUGUGAUUGUAGGGCAGCCCGGAGAGAGGAAAAAAUAACGUUAACCCGCAGCGGUGGCAGGAGAGACCGUGGACAGUCAUAACAGCGAUCAGCUCGGGCUCCCAGAGGAUGUCUGCAACAACUGUCGAUCAGAGACCUAAAGGACAAGGAAACAAAGUGCAAAACGGUUCGAUGCAUCAGAAGGAUGCUGUAAAUGAUGAUGACUUUGACAACUACCUGAGCAGUCAGACAAAUCAGAGUAAUAGCUACCCACCAAUGUCUGAUCCCUACAUGCCCAGCUAUUAUGCUCCCUCUAUCGGAUUCCCUUAUUCCUUGGGAGAGGCUGCUUGGUCCACUGCAGGAGACCCGCCUAUGCCGUACCUGACCACGUAUGGACAGAUGAGCAAUGGUGAGCAUCACUUCAUUCCUGACGGAGUCUUCAGCCAGCCUGGUGCUUUAGGCAACACGCCCCCUUUUCUCAGCCAACAUGGAUUUAACUUCUUUCCUGGAAAUGCAGACUUUUCCACUUGGGGCACCAGUGGUUCUCAGGGACAGUCUACACAGAGCUCAGCAUACAGCAGCAGUUACGGAUAUCCCCCGAGCUCAUUGGGCCGGGCCAUCGCUGACGGACAGGCCGGAUUUGGCAGUGACUCGCAACUUAGUAAAGUUCCAGGGCUCAGUAGUAUUGAUCAGGGAAUGGCCGGGCUCAAGCUCGGCUCUGACAUGUCGGCUGUUACGAAAACGGUCGGGUCUCCUUUAGGUGGGACGGCGGGUAUGAGUAGCAUGGCUGCCAACAGCAUGCCACCUGUCAGCUCCUCUGCACCAAAACCCACCUCAUGGGCUGCUAUCGCAAGGAAACCGGCGAAACCUCAGCCCAAGCUGAAGCCCAAGCCCAAUAUGGGUUUGGGAAGUGGCGCCACGAUUCCCCCUCCGCCGAUAAAGCAUAACAUGAACAUUGGGACCUGGGAGGACAAAGGCUCCAUAACCAAACCCCCUCUUGUGCAGCAGAUGCUCCCGCCUCAGCCCUUGAUGCAGCAGCAACUCUUGGCCCAACCUCAGCCCAUGCUGCAAAGUCCAAUGCCACCCCAACACCAACACCAGCAGCUCCAGCUACAAUCUCCCCAGCACCCUCAGCAGCUGCCUCCAGGUCCUCCCCACCCUCACCAUCACUCGCAACCAGGUCCCCCGCAGCCCCUGCACCCACCUCAGUUGCAGAACCCCCCACCCCAAAAUCGCUGGGUGGCUCCUCGGAACCGGGGAACCACAUUUAACCAGAACAGCGGCAUGGAGAAUUUUGGCCUUGGGACGGGAGUCCCCUUGAGCUCAUUGCCUUCUUUCAGCCUUCUUCAGUGUGUUUUGGAGUGUGUUGAGGCCCUCAACAAUUACAACCCCAAAGACUUUGACUGGAACUUGAAAAAUGGACGGGUCUUCAUCAUCAAGAGCUACUCGGAGGAUGACAUCCACCGUUCCAUCAAGUACUCCAUCUGGUGCAGCACAGAGCAUGGGAACAAGCGUCUGGAUGGCGCCUACCGAUCGCUGUGUGCUAAAGGUCCACUGUACUUGCUCUUUAGUGUCAAUGGCAGCGGACACUUUUGCGGUGUGGCCGAGAUGAAGUCAACCGUGGACUAUAACGCCUAUGCUGGCGUCUGGUCCCAGGAUAAGUGGAAGGGCAAGUUUGAGGUGAAAUGGAUCUUUGUUAAGGAUGUGCCCAAUAACCAACUGCGGCACAUUCGCUUGGAAAACAAUGACAACAAGCCUGUCACCAACUCAAGGGACACUCAGGAAGUGCCCCUAGAGAAGGCAAAGCAAGUGCUUAAAAUUAUUGCGACUUUCAAGCAUACCACCUCAAUCUUUGAUGAUUUUGCACAUUAUGAAAAGCGGCAGGAGGAAGAGGAAGCCAUGCGAAGGGAGCGAAAUAGAAAUAAACAGUAGGUUUACAGAGAUCUCCGUGGUAGAACGUCAACACUAAUGAUGUAGAACCUUAAAUAUUGUGUAACCUCAGAGGAAGAAUGGGCUUCUGACGUAUUUCUUCCUGCUGAAAACGAUGUAGGAACUCUUAAUCACAACAGUGGACUUUUCUGCGUCAACUUCUGAUGGAUCUCCCCUUAUGAUC